UGUCGGGUCGGUUGCUUUGUAAGGGAAACUGGGGGGGCAGGAUCAGGAAAGGGGAAGGACUUGAUUCUUGUUUACAAGGAGUCCCAGGCUGAGCACGCACACAGACAAGAGUUGGUGCACGAGAUAGAGAGAGCAGGGAAACUACACUGGGAAUUUCUGCGUUCGUUUUUGGGGAAGUUUGUUUCCUUCAUCUACAGCCCCAAGAGCUAUAACUGCCUAGUGCCUACACUGUGUCAGAGAGAGAGACAGUGUGUGUGUGUGCGUAUCGCUGGACGAUGAGGGAAACUAUGCCCCAGACAUCAAUUUUUCCCAGCAUGCUUGGCACCAGUUGUAGUGGUCAUGUCCAGCCAGAUUUGGAGGAGAAGUGUGUGGAUCCAGUGUACCAGGAUGGCAGUUUAGUUUCAGGGUCCCUUGAGGUGCUCAUUGAACACUUGGUGCCCACUGUUGACUAUUACCCCGAUCGGACGUAUAUCUUCACCUUUCUUCUGAGUUCACGUGUCUUCAUCCACCCACAAGAGCUCUUGGCAAAAGUUGGGCAGAUCUGCACAAAGCAGCUGGAGACGGGGACCGAAGCGGAUGAGGCAAAAGUGAAGGAAUUUGUCCCAAAAAUCAUCCAGCUGCUGACUGAGUGGACAGAAACAUUUCCACAUGAUUUUCAGGAUGAGAAAUCUAUGAAGGAACUGAAGGACAUUACUCAUCAGAUAGCACAGUGCGAUGAGGAAAACUCCAGCGUGAAGAAAAGCAUUAGUCAGAUGACCCAAAGUCUGAUCCGCAACCUCUCGAGCCACAGCCAGUACCAGGAGGCACGGGAAAUCAUCAAACCAUCGGUCACGGACAAGCAAACCAUCCUGAAACCCAAGACUCAGUCCAGUCAGAAGGAUAUACUGAGUGUCUGCAAUGACCCCUGUGUCUUGGCCCAGCAACUCACCCAUAUCGAGAUGGAACGAUUAAGACACAUCACUCCAGAGGAGCUGGUGCAUAUAUUUAACCACAUGGAUUCAAUGGACAAUCACAAGAGCUGUCGCAGUGACAUCAAGAAGACGUGCAACUUGGAAGCGUGUGACAACUGGUUUAAUCGGCUCAGCUCUCUAGUUGCCACUGAGAUAUGCAGAGUUGGGAAAAAGAAACAGAGGACACGAAUGUUGGAAUUCUUCAUUGAUGUGGCACGGGAAUGUUUUAACAUCGGAAAUUUCAAUUCCCUAAUGGCUAUUAUCUCUGGAAUGAAUCUGAGUCCUGUUGCCAGGUUGAAAAAAACCUGGUCCAAAGUGAAAAAGGCAAAAUUUGAAGUUUUGGAAAAUCACAUGGAUCCGUCCAGCAAUUUCUCUCACUAUCGAACAGCACUUCAGGGGGCAGUGCAGAGAUCGCAAACAGCGCACAGCAACCGGGAGAAGAUUGUCAUUCCAGUAUUCAAUCUCUUCAUUAAAGAUAUCUACUUUCUGAACAAGAUUCACGCAAACAGGCUAGCUAAUGGGCAAAUUAACUUCAAGAAAUUCUGGGAAAUUGCCAAGCAGAUCAAUGAAUUUAUGAUGUGGAAACAGGUCGAGUGUCCCUUUGAGAAGGACAAGAAGAUCAAAAACUAUCUCCUGACAGCUCCUGUUUACACGGAAGAAGCACUUUACUUGGCUUCAUUUGAGAGCGAGGGGCCAGAGAAUCACAUGGAGAAGGACAGUUGGAAGUCACUCAGGGCAACUCUGUUGAACAGGGCAUGAAGGAACCACGUUGUACAUAUUAGACACUUCAAACCAUUUGCACUGCGACAGAUUUUAGCUCCAGUUGGAUGGAUAAAAAAAAGAGACUUGGCACGGUCAAUGUUGCUUUAAAAUAUGUAAAUUUUGGUCUUGAUUCAGACUCUGGUCAUGACUGUACAGAGAGAAAGAGAGAAAGGCCAAUUGAUGGGGCUUUGGUCCUGCUGGUUGGGAUAUGUAUGUUAAACGCCUUUUACAGCAGACUUUGUGCUUUGACUUGUAAAAUAAAUGGAAGACAAAGAGAAGGCAGGAGAUUGACUUUUGCCAUGGGGCAGGACCCUAAACUGAAGAAAAGCAUCAUGGGAAAUCCCCGGCUGCUAUUUCCAUGGAUACCGGUAGAAAAUACAUAGGACAAUGGCAGCCUGUGAGAAAUUCCUACUACUGUCAAUUCAUUCUUUGUUUUGUGAUAACUUGCUGCUUCUGUGAGAGAGAGAGUUAGUUACGGGUAUAAACAGAAUUGAAGGAACUAUAUGUUGCACCAUAAUUUUACUGUUUUAUGGACUGGGUGAUGUUGGAAUGGGGGGAGGGGACAUUUGAUGGAGGCAAGGGAAGGGGACAAAUUGGCAGAGUUUAGACAGGCUUGGUCUUGAGACCAUGCUAUGAGGCAAAAGGGAUCUUUAUCCAGCACGGAAUGUUUACUGAUGGUUUUACACUGGUUUACAGAAUGACCACAAUGUGAUGCACGGGAUUGAAGCUGCCCUUGUCUUCUGCGCUAAAGAAGUGUGCAGAUUGUUUUGUGUUGUGCUUUAUAACUCACAUUUUCGCUGCUCUAUAGGACUGAAGAACUGUUUCUUUUGUGCAGGGAACAGGCUCCACUUUAGAUACUCAUACACUUGAAUGAAGGACACAAUGCAGUCAUUGUUUCACAUUCCAGUCUGUAGCCCAAUGGAAUGGAUGGUCCCUAGGGCUGCAGGAGCCAGCAUUGCCCUGUCUUACUGCAGUGUGUGCAUGUUGAUGCUGUUCCAACUCAAUCCAAUCUCACAACUUUUUAAAACAACUAAUUAAACUUUGUAAGAAAACUGUUUCAGAUUUGAAAUGUCACUUUUUACAAGACAGCAAGUCUUAAAGGUUUCGGCUCACUGUUUAAAUUUUCUAAUCCAUCACUGGGUAGAGACUUUCUUUAAAAGAAAAUUAGUUGCAAUAUAUCAUAGAUCACCCUUUUCCCCACUCACAGAGUAAAGGAACAGUGUAGGAUUGUCAAUAGAUAACUUCAGGAAUAUUGUACAGAAGUCUGUGUCUCAGAUGGAGAAGAUGCAAGUGUAUGAGGGACCAACCAGCUUAAUCCUCAACGAUCAAGAGUAGGCUGAAGGAGACUGACUCCAUAAAUAAGGUUUAGUCAAUUACAAAGGGGAGGCAAUGGCCUAGUGGUAUUAUCACUGGAUCAUUAAGCCAGAGACCCAGAUAACUUUCUGGGGACCUGGGUUCAAAUCCUGCCAUAGCAGAUGGUGGAAUUUAUAAUCCAAUAACUAUCUGGAAUUAAGAAUCUAAUGAUGAUUGUGAAUCCAAUGUUGAUCGUUGGGGAAAAACCCCAUCUGGCUCACUAAUGUCCUUUAAGGAAGGAAACUGCCAUCCUUACCUGGUCUGGCCUACAUUUGACUCCAGACCCACAGCAAUGUGGUUGACUCCGUUACCCUCUGGGCAAUUAGGGAUGGGCAAUAAAUGUUGCCUUGCCAGUGACACCCCUCAUUCCAUGAAUGAACAAAGGAAAAAAAACAAAGAAACAACCUGGGAAUGAAGAUGACAAAAAUAAAUCCAAAAUGAUGUAUUCUGGCACAGUGUUAAGAACACUUCACAUGGAGCUUAACUGGCAACUUGAACUUUGCAGCUGGAUGGUGUAGUAAGGAUUUGGGUAAAAUUGGCUACAGUCUGCCGAAUCCAUCAAUGUGUGUCCCUUUAUACAGACAACAGAUGAUUUUAUCCAAACAUGGGAUAACACUAACAAGAUAAUGUUAGCACCUUACAAUGCCUUAGGUACUGGGAUACAUUUCUAUCUGUGCCAUUGGUAAUUGGAUGGAUUUCACGGUGAGCUCCCUGUAGCAGUUACUCCAAUUAAGGCUAACUAUAACCUUGAGAGGGAUCAGAAUCCACUCUGAGCAAUCUGUGAAGGUCUGCUCGAAGGCACAGAGGAUUGGACACUUGGUGAUUCAGAAAGUGCCCCACGAAUGUACACACAGACAUAAGAAAAUAGGAGCAGGCCCAUCAGCUACCUCCUCCCCAACCACCAAUAGGUUCUGCCAUCCAGAUGACCAUAACAUCCUCAUUCCUAACUUAUUCCCACUCCCUGUUCCUUCCCAAGAAUUACUGAUGCCCUUGUUAAUCAAAUCUACCUGCAGUGCAUCCUGAGAGUUACUAACCAAGGUGAUUGGUGUUCAUCAGCCACCAAAAAACUCAACUUUGUUUCCUGAAAAAUCCCUUAAUGACAAAGCACAGCAGACUCAGUCAUCAGAAAGCAAGAAGGUGGAGCUCUGGUUAUUCUAGAACCUCCGUCCUUGAAACCUUAUUGGCCUGUACACCAAGGCUUGAUACCAUAUUAUCAUUACCCAGAACCCAUUGGGAUUGUGCCAUCUUCACACUGGCGCGAAUUGGCAUAAUCCCAUUUCCCUGCAUAUCUGCUCUGAAAAUGAGUUUAACUGUAACUGCAAGUUGCUACCAAGGAAACCUUCAUUUAAUAGAUCCCUGUUCUGCCAACUCUAAAGUAGUCAUAUUGGGAGCAUCCUGAGGGAAACAUUCGUAGGGUGUUGUGAGGAACAAGAUUGUUUAGAAAAAUAAGAGGAUUAUGAUUUAGUUAUGCAUUUGACACCAGAAGUUCUCUUCCUUCCCGCCACCUCAACCACCACAGCCCAUUAAGAUUAAAAUCCAUUCUGUUGUUGUUGACUUUAUACAUUAGAAGCAACACCAUUCAUUUUACUUUAUCUCUCGAACAAUAUCGGCAGCACACAUUUCAGUAUGGCAACCUGCAAGGUCGCCAAGUAUCUACUUGUAAAAUAUAUACGCCCAGCUGAAGAUAACCACAGUCUUCUCCUGCUUUGCAAGAACACUGCUCUGGUCUGGAUUUACUGACCCACAGCACCCUGGCAAAAAAAUACAGGCAGACGAGAACAAGUACAGUUUUCACAAAGUCCGCAAGUCGUUUUCUGAAGCUGCGAAUUAAGGCAAAGAAAUGCAAACAUUAAAGAAAUAUUGUGUCCUUGGAAAAAAAAACUGGAAGAAGUUGAACUGGAUUUGGUAACACUAACUUAAGUACAGCAGCUGCUUAAUACAUUGUGUAAGUGGCAGCAUCCUUUAUUUGAAAAAGUCUUUCGUGAAAAUGCACUGUGGGUUGCAAAUAUCAUGAUUGGGAGACAAAUCUCACAGCACUUCAGCCUCUUUUGUGUGGAGGUGGCUUUCACAGGUCUCUGUGGCAUCUGCUCUGCAAUUUAACGCAAUUUAAAAAGGAAGUGUAUAAAUUUGCCCCUUCCCCUUAAAAAUGAACACCUCCCUUCAUUUUCUUGCACAGGAAGCAUCGCUUCCCAGUCAGGAAAAGACUCAGCAGCAGUCCUUUUAUUUUCUUCUCCUGUGAAGGGUUCACUGUUUAGAAGCACUGAAUGUGUCGUACGCCACUCUCAAUGUUUAAGUUGUUGGUUUUUAUAAAGGAUACAACUAUGGAAAAUAAAUUAUGUGAAAAUCUUA